AUGACUGCCGUAGAAGACAGCUCAAGCGACAAUGUACCUUCACCUGUCAACGACAAGGAUUCCUCCUCCCAUGUCGAGCAGGUCCAUACCAACGAGAGGGUACCGGGUCAUCCGGGGUACUAUGAGAAAGAUGGUCUACGGACGUAUGGUGACGAUGAAGACCACGACCACGAACCGCCGUUGACCGUUUCGAGAGCCCUCAGCUUGGUCGCCAUGGCUUUCUUGUGGACCGGCUCUCAAAUUCCUGUGUACAUCCUUGGUGGCGUGCCGCCAUACAUUUAUGCCGAUAUUGGUGGUGUCGACCGCUGGAUCUGGUUUGUCCUGGCGUACCUGUUGGCUUUGGCUGCCAUCUGCCCCUUCGUCGGGUCCAUUUCCGAUCUCAUUGGAAGACGAUGGGUGGCAUUGGGAGGCUCUGCUUUGCUCGUCAUUGCCAUGAUCAUUUGCGGCACAGCACACAGCAUGGGCGUGUUUAUCAUGGGCAUGACUUUCUCUGGGGUUGGGGCUGGCAUCUGCGAGCUGACUUCCCUUGCCGUUACCUCUGAGCUCGCCCCAACACGGAAACGAGGGAAAUAUGUUUCCAUCCUCGUCUUUACUAUCAUCCCCUUCUGUCCAUCCGUCCUUUGGGCUCAGUUGAUCGCGUCGCACGCUGGCUGGCGAUACUGCACCCUUCUCUGCGGACUGUGGGCAUGUGUCGGCUUCGUCGGCACCUUGUUCUUCUAUUUCCCACCACCUCGACCGAACUCCCGUGGUCUUAACAAGAAAGAGAUCAUUUCCGAGAUUGACUUUGUGGGUGGCUUCCUCUCAAUCACUGGGAUGAUCCUGUUCUUGGGCGGUCUGCAAUGGGGCGGGUACCAAUACCCAUGGCACUCCGCACACGUUCUGGCACCUCUGGUCAUCGGCGGAUUUUUCCUUCUCAUUGCCUUCCCCAUCUGGGAAACCAAAUUCGCAAAAUUCCCGAUGUUCCCAUCGAGAAUGAAGAAAGAAGCCAGAAUCCUUACGCUCACCUUGAUCAUCACCGCCAUCUCAGGGGCAAACUUCUUCUCCGUCAUCAUGUUCUGGCCCACUCAGGCCUUCAAUGUUUACGGCCAUGAUCCUGUUGGAGUUGGAAUUCGAGGUAUCCCGAUCGGUUUCAGCAUUCUCACUGGCGCCUGCGUCGUGCUAUGGCUGCUUUCCGUCUUCCGUGGCCACAACCGUGAGUUGAUGAUCAUCUCCUCGGUGCUGAUGACAGCCGGUUGCGGUGCGCUUGCCGUCGCCGAUCGAUACAACCUGCAUACGCUCUGGGGCUUACUGAUCCUGGCCGGCCUCGGUAUCGGUGGCAUCGUUGUCCCUGCAUCGAUCAUGACCACGAUCAUCUGCCCCGACGAUAUCAUCGCCACAGUUGCCGCUCUCACCCUGUCAAUCCGUGUGAUUGGCGGUUGUAUCGGCUACACCGUGUACUACAACGUCUUUGUCAACAAAUUCGUCCCCAACGCCACAAAGUACAUCGGUGGAACCAUGGCCCUCGAACUCGGCAUAACCAACGUGACAUAUAUUGGCGAAGCCAUCGAAUAUACGGCUGCCAGUCUUCUGCCUCUGCUCAAGACAAUCCCUGGAAUAGCGGGCAACGACACGGCCUAUGAAAUGGUUGUCUUGGCUGGCCAAAUCGCUUAUGCCGAGUCGUACAAGUACGUGUAUUUGACGAGUAUCGCAUUUGGUGGCAUUGCGAUUGUGUCCAGUAUCUUUUUGGGCAAUAUUGACAAGUACAUGGAUGAUCACGUGGCUGUGGUCAUGCACUGA